UGGAGGAAGCCACUCUGUGUUUCAAUUUUAUUUUCCCGUCUAUAAAAUGGGAUAAUACCCACACAAGCUAGGGUGCACAUGGUUAUUGGAAGGUUCCCACGAGAUCAUACAUGGAAAAGGGCUUUGUAAAAGGCAAAGUUAUGUCCGAGUAAGGGACAUUAUCAUUAAAUGGCAGCUGGAAGCUGUAAUUUGGUUCUGCCCUCUCACGCCCGCUGCUGCUGCUACUCCAGACGUCGUAAGUUGCUCUCUUAUGGGAUAUCUCCGGCUUGACUGCGGGUUCCUUUCUGAGGAGGUGGGGUCAGCAGGGGCCUGAUGUCUUCUUCCUUUCCCUCUGGUCACUCUAGUGAUAUAACCCAGGCCAUAUAGUCAGGCAGACUUUGGCGAAACUGUCAGCGAGGGCAGCUCCUCGAUUCGGCCCCUUUGACUGUUGUCUCCAGUCCUGAAACCCUCGCCCAGGGCCGCUCCGCCGCCAGGCUCCGGCGCUCAGCCCCUAUCACCCGGGGAAAGGCCGGCGCCUCCGUCCGACCCUCUUUCCUGGUCGCUGGGGGCGGUUUGUGGGCCUGGCCUUGGGGUUAGGAAAAUAGGGAUGGUGCUAUAACGGCCGAAUGCGGGCCUCAGGGAAUCCCGAAAGGGGGAAUGUCUGGGUCGGCGGAUCCGGGGGCUUGAGAGGGCCCGCUCCGUGGGACGUUCAGGCCCCAGAACCGGCCCCCGCAUGGUUGCCGCUCCGGCCCGGGCGGGCGCAGCGCUGGCAGCCCCGUUUUCCGCCAGCCGGGCUGCCGGAGAGUUAGACCUCCCAGCCUCACGGGGCUGCUGUGCGGCUGCGACGACGCCGGCGACUGCGGCGCUGCAGCGGAGACGGAAGGCUCGGGAGGCGGCGCCAUGUGAGUCCGCGCGGGGCCGCGCUGGGGCCGCGGCGGGAGGUUACCGUAUUUACCGAGGCCAGAGCCGGACCCUCGGGGGCGGGUCACUGCGGGCGCGCUACCGUAUUUGCCGGGUCCCGCGCAGGUCCUUUCCGGGAGUGGGAGCGCCGCGACUUAAUUACGUAUUUAUCCAGGGUUGCGUGGCUCCGCGGGGGGGCGCUGCGGCCGCGGGGGGUGGGCUGCAUUCAUGCCCUCUGGGAGCUGGGGCUUGCAGUCGGGCGGGGUGGGUUGCGGCAGCAGGGUGGAGGCCUACGUAUUUUCGUGGGGGUGGGGUUGCGACGCAGAGUUUACCAUAUUUCUCCAGGGUUGCUCCGGCCGCAGAAGUUGGCAAGGUUGUGUGUAAGGUCGGGUGGGGUGGGGUCAGCUCUCCCGAUUAAUGCAGCUAUUUGAUAAGAGCAACGUCGCGGGAGGCUUGCCGUCUUUAUGGGGGCGGGGAGAAGGGGCGCGGGAGUCGCUGCGGGAGAGUUACCGUAUUUGCGUUGAGCAGCGCAGACUGUAGAGCAAAGAGCUGCGGCCGGAGACCGGAGGAGCAGGGGCUCAGCUGGGCUGGACUGGUGAUUGCAGCUGGAAGUGCCCAUGACCGAGCUGGCGUCCUCCGGGGGCGGGUCCCCUGCAGGGGACGGGGAGGAGGGUCUGGGGGACGAGCGAGGCCUGGUCAUCCACCACCCUGCGGAGGAGCAGCCCUACCGCUGCCCGCUGUGCGGCCAGACCUUCUCGCAGCAGCCCAGCCUGGUGCGGCACCAGAAGGCGCACGCCGGAGUGGGCCGCGCGGCUGCCUUCGUGUGUCCCGAGUGCGGCAAGGCCUUCAGCGUCAAGCACAACCUCGAGGUGCACCAGCGCACGCACACCGGGGAGCGGCCCUUCCCCUGCCCCGAGUGCGGCCGCUGCUUCAGCCUCAAGCAGAACCUGCUCACGCACCAGCGCAUCCACAGCGGCGAGAAGCCGCACCAGUGCGCGCAGUGCGGCCGCUGCUUCCGCGAGCCGCGCUUCCUGCUCAACCACCAGCGCACCCACGCGCGCAUGCCCGCGCCGCACCCGCGCCGCCCCGGCGUCUUCGGGGAGCGGCGGCCCUACUUCUGCCCCCGCUGCGGCAAGAGCUUCGCGCGCGAGGGCUCGCUCAAGACCCAUCAGCGCAGCCAUGGCCACGGGCCCGAGGGCCAGGCGGCCCACUUAGGACGCGUGCUAUGAUGCGCCCGGGGCCUGCUGCCGACGGCUGCUUCCCGCCCCGCACGUGCGUCCCCGACCCCUGGAGAUGGCCCUGGGCUGAAGCUCCCUCUCUGGAUGGGAUCCCGGGAGAGGAGCAGCGCUGGCUUGGGCUCUUGAAGGUGUGGGCCGCAGCGAGGUUCCGGCCGCCCGCUUGUGUUCCUCCCUCGGGACCGUCUGGCUGGCUGCGCACAGCUGCUUUGGGCUCCUGCCAUGGUUCUCCUUCUCUGGCCCAUUCGGCCUAGAGCAGUUGCAGAGUGGGCAGGAUCUUAUGACCCGAUAGGUGCAGGACCCAUCUGAACACGGAGACCAGGAAUGGGGUUCCAUGGAGGCCUAGCUGGCACUGCACCCAGGCAUGAGGACACAUCCAGUAAGAAGACCUGCCUCAAGAGGUGCACUGCGGUGACCAGUGGAGGUGACUGGUUGGAGCCUGGAAUUGGAGGCAGAUUCCAAGCUCUGGUGGACAAACUCCCCAGGCCUGGUGGGAAUCACAGCUGGGGCAGACCUCAUCCUGGCUGCCUGGCCACAGGCCCCCACUCUCUGCCACUGGUGGUAGGACGAUGCCUGUGUGGAGAGCUGGCUUCUCUGCUCCCGCCUGGUCCACCACUUGGCUAGAGUUCAGAGACAGGAAGUGAUUGGUCGAAGCUAGCACAGCAAGUUGGUGGCAGACCUGGUUCUAGAGGCAAAACCUUCUGCCAGAUGUGAAUGAAACCUGCAGGCUUCAUUUUCCUUUCUGAGCAGUGCUUCUUAGCACUUUGGAGACACGAAGCCCUUGGAAAAUCUGAUGAAGGUUACGGACCUUCCCUAGGAAAACAGAUAACUGAUGUAGACUCAAAAACCCCAAGGAAUUUCAGGAGCCACUGGACUCCCUGAAUGAAACCCAUCCCUGGACUCCAGGCUAUCACCUGCUGCCCUUUCCUUACCUGUCACACAUUGAGCCCCGAGUCAAGGCCACUGUAAAAGUAGUGCCCCUCCCUGCCCCUGGCCAAGACUCCUUCCCUUGUUCAGGAAUAAAUAAUUCCAAGGAGGAGACCUUUUUAGUCAGUCCCUUCUCCCAGACGUAACGAAUGAUGCAUCAGGUUUCUGGAACCUCAUUUCCCUUCCCCAGACAUUGGCAGAGGUCCCUUGGGCGAGAUUUUCUCUUCUGGUUUUGUUUCUUGUUCUGCCUGACUGGCCACUGGCUUCCACAAAGGAGCCCUUUGCUCCUGGCCUGGGCUCUGAUUUCACCGUGUGGUCUCAGGGGAAGCUGGACUGCUGUGGAUGCUGGUAGGAGCUUGAGUUUGGUCUGAGUCUGCCCCAGGGAGAAAGAAUCCUGCUUCCACCAACCAAGUCCAGUCAGCAGUACCUCCCAGCUGGCCAAGUGUUCAGCCCAGCGGGCUGGGGAGGAAGAGGAUGAGGGCCUCGAUCCUGGUGCCUGUGGCUCUGGGCAGGGUGAGAGGUCGGUGGAGGAGCUUUCUGUGUGUUCUCUGAGUGUGCAGCAGUGCAGUUGAAGGGAACAGGGCCCAGGCUGGCAGCAGGGCGAGGACUCCUCCCAUCUUCACACCUGAACCAGUCAGCCUGGAAGCUACAAGUUCUCACCUGCUUCCCCAGAAUGAACAUCAGAAAAGGCAAAACUGACCAGGGCUGGGAUGGGUUUGGGUCAGCGUGGUUGGAGGGCAGCCUGUGGAUCCCCGCACUGGAGUCUUGCUGUCUUCGAUGCAGUUUGGAUCAUACAUUCUUCCCUCCUACUGUAUGCCUCACCCUGGAAUAGCAGAAUGCUCAGGGGGAGAUCCGAGAAUGAGAAGGUGCUCCCAGCCCCAGGAGCUUCCAAUCUGGCUCUAAUCCUUGGCCGACCUAGAGGAAACCUCCACACACACUCCUCCUGUGCUAAUGGUGCAGUUUGUGUCCCCCUCUGCCCAUCACUGUGCUGUGCUUGUUCCUGCCUCUGUGCCUUCCCCUAUAUUGCUUGGACAUGUCCCCUUUCCUCUCCUCUACCCAGCUAAGCCCUUCUGAUCCACGGGGCCCGGCUUCCCAAACCACCCAGCCCACAUUCCUCCUUCCCGCUCCGAACAGGCCCUGUGUGAGCCCUUGCCCCUGAACUGCGUGCUGUCCCACGGAUGCUCCAGUCUCUUCUGUGUGUGUCUUGAGUCCCCAACUAGACAGUUAGCUCCCUGAGGGCAAGGGACUGUCAUUUCCUCUUGAGCCCUACCAGGGUCUAGCACAGGACUGGGCUCCUAACUCUCAGGAAACACUUGUCGACUGACUGGUGCCUCAAGUGCUGGAGCUUGUCGGUGGCCGGUAAUUGGCAGUGCACGUGGGGAGAGGGUAUGUGAGUUAACUCAAGGGUGCCUUUUAUUGGGCUGUGGGCUGGCUCCCCUGGGUCAAAAGUGGAUGUCAGAGGCCUCAGGCUCUUACCUCCUUGGGGCAGUGGGAGCAUCAGGGACUGCCUGCCCUGGCUCUGCAGGACUGCACAGAAGUGGUUGUCCAGCCUGGAUAUUUCUAUAGGUUGCUGACACCUGCGGGAGCUGACUGAGUGGAAUAAAUGUUCUCUCAACAUCA